AUGUCGGCUCAGCGCACCGCCUAUCCUGACCAACAACCCCCAAACCACCCAUAUCUCGAUCCGCAGCCUGGAAGAACAGAGGAGGACGUCAAGGCCUCGUAUGACGAUCUAAUAGACGACUAUUCGACGCCCUAUGCUGCGAACUCUGGACACCAGACGUUUACCGUAGGGACCCCGGGGCAGUCCCACCGUAGAACGGCGUCAAUUACGCUCUCUGGUAAAGGUGCCUUCUCCUCAAAGCAGUCCGACGAAACGCACGAGACAUCAUACAACUACCCCCCAGUAGGAGCUUCGAAGGAGGUUGACACACGGAGCUUUUGGGAAAAGAUUCUGCCUGAAUCUCUGGCAUGUCGGCUAUACGUUGCGACAGUUCUCAUAGAGACGACAGUAGACCUCGCCAUCGAGGGAGAUUUAUUUUUGAGAGUGCGGGAAAAGGACAAGGCGGACGCGUUGGCGUCAAAUGGGAACGUUCAGCCAUCUCGAAUGCCAGUGUAUCUCAGUAUAUUCGCACUUGCCCACGUCUUCCAAUUUGUUAUGGCUGUGGACGCCGUCUAUGCCCGCAAUACUCUCCAAUUCAUAGCCCUGACAAUUUUCAAUGCCCUCUUCCUUCUCUAUGCUGUCAUCCAAAUCAAGGAAGUUCAAGAAGCAAUGGCCAAUUCUGCUGGCGGCGGUGUCUCCCCCAUCCCUAUCAACGUCCUCACCACUAUUAUCCCUAUCGUCAUCUCUAUCGCUGAAAUUGCCUAUAUCGCCCUCGGUUGGAAAAUAUACCACGAAUUCGGAUGGAAGGUGUACAAAUUUCUUGGUGCUGAUCGGCAAAUCAAGAAGAUGUAUGCGACGUACCAGAUCUACGAGUGUCUGGUUAAAUUCGACGUCUUCUUCUGGGCGGGGUUCUCGGUUCAAUUCAUUUGGCUCGUCCUGCAAGAUACGGAUUGGGAGUACUACGUCACCUGUGCUGCCCUGCCUCUGUCGAUCGUCCUUCUUAUCGAAGGCCACCUCGCUGCUCGUCACGAAAACAAAUGGAUGAUGGCGACUUUCAUGUCAGGUUGCGUUGGAGCAAUGAUAUACUUUAUCUACAAGCUCAUCAAAGUGCUGAUUUUCCACAACAGAGACGAGUACAGGCUUGUAUGGAAAUCUUUGACUGUAUUCUCUGUUAUUGCCAUCGUCCUCUUGUUUACUACUUUUGUGUAUUCCGCGAUUGUGCUACGGAAUUUCGGUCGGGGUCUAAAGGAAGCUCUGGCGCGGAAAGCCCAAGGGCCAACCGUCCACCGCCGUGCAGCGAGCACAAACUUGAAUCGCAUGAGCAUUGAAUGA